ACACUCCUUCUGUCAAACAUGGCUGUGCUUGGGAAGCAGGAAAAAUGCUGAAUUGUGUUGGUAUAUCUCGGGAAAAGCAGCAGACAUGGCUAGAUUUGCUGACUAUUUUAUUGUCGUGGGAUACGAUCAUGAGAAAGCCGGUUCAGGGGAGGGAUGCGGAAAAAUUAUUCAGCGAUUCCCCAAAAAGGACUGGGAUGGAACUGCAUUUCCUCAGGGGGUGGAGAUGUUCAGCCAGCCUGGAGGUUGGAGGCUGUCGAGGGAUCGGAAAGCACCCACCUUCUUCACCGUUGUGCUGACAGAUAUCGAAUCAGACCGGCACUACUGCUCCUGCCUCACUUUUUACGAGGCUGAGGUCAAUCUGCAGAGGCCUUAA